CGGAAGUUCGUCCACUUCGGCGUUUUCCGGCCACUCUUCGGCUAUGGAUACAGUUGAUCGCUCCCUAGCGGGGAAAAACGAGAAUAAACCAGUAAUAGCUGUACCACACUUCACAUCGCCUGGGUAAUGUAGUUCACGGUUCGGACACUGCAACUGAUCAACACAGGUCCGCAGAUCGGGGAAUACAUUAACCAGAAGCCCCCGGGGCGAUCGAACCGACUUACGCAAGAAAUCAUGAAUUAUGCUCGGUUCCUGACGGCUGUUAGUGCAGCCAGGAAACCCUCUCCUAUCAGGAUGCUGACCGAGCUGCAGCAGCGGUCUCCUCCGUCCCUGAUCUCUUUGGCCGGAGGAGCGCCGAACCCCAACACCUUCCCCUUCCAGUCAGCAUCUAUCAAGGUGAAGAAUGGACAGACGGUCACCUUCGAUGAAGCUGUGAUGAAGAGGGCUCUGCAGUACUCUGCCUCGAAUGGACUCCCCGAGGUGCUGACGUGGAUGAAGAACCUGCAGAAGAACCUCCACAAUCCUCCGACCGCCAGCUACACCCCCGAGAAUGGCCAGAUGGACAUGUGUGUGACGACAGGGAGCCAGGAAGGGCUCUGUAAGGUGUUUGAGAUGCUGGUCAACCCUGGAGACAAUGUUCUGCUGGAUGCACCCACGUAUUCAGGAACACUGGCAGCUCUUCAGCCACUUGGUUGCAACUUAAUCAACGUUCCCAGUGAUCAGCAUGGCAUGAUACCUGCAGCCCUGAAGGAGGUCUUGUCUCGGUGGGACCCCUCAGAGGUCCACAAGCCCGGCAACACCGCUCCCAAAAUUCUCUACACCAUUCCCAACGGAGGAAACCCAACCGGAGCCUCCAUGACGCUGCAGAGGAAGAAAGAAGUGUAUGAGCUGGCCAGGCUGUACGACAUGCUCAUCAUCGAGGACGACCCGUACUAUUUCCUGCAGUUUAACAAGCCAUGGGCUCCCACGUUUCUCUCCAUGGAUGUUGACGGGAGGAUCAUCAGGACAGACUCUUUCUCGAAGAUCUUGUCUUCAGGGCUGAGGAUAGGUUUUGUGACCGGUCCCAAACCGCUAGUGGACCGGGUGGUUCUGCACAUCCAGGCCUCGACAAUGCACACUAGUACCUUCACACAGCUUAUGGUGUCUCAGCUGUUGCACAGUUGGGGUCAAGAGGGUUUCCUCCAGCACAUAGACAGGGUGAUUGAGUUUUACAGCAGGCAGCGUGACGCCAUGAUCAGCUCUGCGGACAAGUGGCUCAAAGGUGUAGCAGAAUGGCACACCCCAUCAGCAGGCAUGUUCCUGUGGAUCAAACUAAAGGGCAUCGCUGAUACCCAACAGCUCAUUAUGGAGAAGGCGUUGGAGAAAGAGGUGCUGCUGGUUCCCGGAGGCGUCUUCAUGAUCAACAGUGGUGACCCCUGUCCCUACGUUAGAGCGGCUUUUUCUCUCUCCACACCAGAACAGAUUGAUGAGGCUUUCAGAAGACUCUCUUCACUCAUCAAAGAAGCUUUGUGAUGAGAGGUUUAUUUUUCCCUGAUAGAUGAUGUAUUUUUUCUUUAUUAAUUUAUUGUUGAAGGCUUUAUGUUAAAAUAUAUUAUUAUAUUUAAAUAUAUUUUAAUAUGUUCUUGCCUCGGUCUAUAUCUAAACCACCUUCAAGAGAAGACAUUGAGUUUGUUUGUUUUUUUUUUUCAAAUGUUUGUUUGGCUGCAUGUUCAUGCAACAUGGUACUGAUUAUUGAAAGCCCUCUGGAGCAAUGAAAAAAAAACAUGAAUUAUUGACUGAACCUCAUAAACUGUUGCUCCAUCAUAACAUUACACAGUGAAAAUGUCUUUUUACACGUACAAAAAGUAAAUAAUACCUUUUAAUUAUUCUGUAUCUUGUCUUUUGAGUCUGUAUGUUUUUGUUACACUAAAACUUAAACUUCAUAUUUGAUCGCUUGUGAUGAAACACGCUGCAGCUCACACAAUGUGAGCUGAAGCUUAAAUUGCAGUUGCCCUGGUGCGUGGAAGGGGAAAACUUUUAAACCCAGAAUGCAGUGAGAAGUAGAUAAGAGAUGGAGGCCUUGGUGGAAAGUUAAAAAUCAAAAAUAGAAAAGUCAGCAAACUUCAACAUUUACAGCCCAGUGCCAGUUUCUAAAUAAAUCUGAGGCAUGAAAUAGGUCACACUUUUGUAGAGUUAUCGAUGAUUUGUGCAAGCACAGCUUUGAAGAUCAAAAUUCCACAUUACCAGCUAAAUCCCUCUCAAUAGUCUGGGUUUAAUCUGAUAAGUUAUGAUAAAAAGCUCAAGAGAUUUGGAGGUUUUCCAAACCAAAAUCUUGUUGCAAAACUAAAGCUCUCAAGAUUUAGGCCGCUGUUAAUCAGGGCACAAAAUGGUUUUGGCUCCUAUUCCUGGUCACAGAAGGUUAAAAAACAUUGGUGGUUUUAUGUAGUGGUCUUUUUACUGCCUACUGCCAGUUUAAGUAAAAAGAAAAAACAAGACAUUUUUUUCACCAGCUUGUCUUCACCUUUCUUUGAAACCUGCAUGGUUUGCGAUCAUGUAACAGUACCUGCUGACAACAACAGAGACUGUCUGUUGGUGGAAACUGUUUUCUUUUCCUUUGUACAGACUUUCUCCCCACUGUGUUAAUCUGUUGCACUUUGUGAACAGCGUGUCCGAGCUCUCAGAGGUGUUUGUGUGCAAAUGAAACAUUCAUCUGUCAAGGAUAAUGGGAUCAGAGGGGCGGCUUAGAAAUCAGGCUUUUGCAACACAUUUACUCUCCUCUUGCUGCAGUUGUAUUACUUAAAAUCAUCAGGUAAAAGCCAGAAUACCACCAUGUAAAAAUACUACAUUAGAAAUAUGCAUCCUGACACCUGGAUUUAAUUAUUGUCGACUCGACAUCGGCAUUAUCGACUCAGUUAUUGACUGUGUUGCUGAGGCCUUGGUUCACAGUGUCAGUUUACUUUUAUUAUAGCUUCAAGGUCAUUCAGUUAUCAGCUCAGGCUCACAAACAAACAGCCCUUAGGGUUGACUCUGUAUUUAGAGGUACUUUUGUUCUGUCUUUGUUUUCCUUCUGGAUUUUUUUUUUCAUGAUCUGUAUCUCCUAAUUGUUCCAAAAGCUGUUUGUUAUUUCUGUGUCUUCCUGCAUUUUAAGCCUUUGCCCUGAUCACUUUUUGUUUUGUCUGCGAUACAGAACACUACACUCUGCUUUGACUGUCUUUUCAUAGUCCAGCAUUUUAGCUUUGAUUGAUAAUAAAUGCUAAUAAAGGAGGGAAUGU